AUGAGCGUGAUGAGCCCCAAGAGGCUAAUGAAGAUGGCAAGGAAGUGGGAAAAACCAGCUUCCGGCAGGAAAAGAAUUUCGCAUCCGGGAGAUAAUGUGGAGGUGAAUUCAUCAUUAGCACCAGAGAAGGGGCAUUUUGUCAUCUACGAGUCCGAUGGAGGGCAUUUCACUAUUCCUUUGCAGUGUUUCCGUAGCAACAUCUUCCAAGAGCUCUUCAAGAUGUCUAAAGAAGAGUUUGGUUUGUCCGGGGACGGCCCUAUCACCAUGCCCCGUGAUGCUGCUUCCAUGGAGUACAUAGUAUCGUUCAGUCUUCACUACCCAAUCAUCCAUUUACUAGAACGUUUUGAUGGUCAAAGAUGGGUGACCUCAUUGACUGCUCGCCCCGUCCAUUGUUGGGUGAGGUUGAGGCUCGCCCUUGCUAGUGGCAAGGGGAAAAAGGUAUCAGAAAUGGAGGAGGAAGGAAGCCAGGGAAGAGGAAGGAAAAAGGGAGGGAUCGUCACCAUGCCCUUCAUUUUCGCAAACGAGGUCUGCGAUAAACUGGCGGUGGUGGGUUUUAACCUGAACAUGAUAAGCUACUUGACGACUCAACUCAACAUGCCGAUUACAAAAGCAGCCAACACCCUCACCAACUUUGACGGCGCCUACACCUUCACGCCACUGAUCGGUGCUUUCAUCGCUGACGCCUAUGCCGGGCGCUUCUGGACCAUCACGGUCGCCUCCAUUAGCUAUUUCGCUGGAAUGGCCUAUUUGACCCUAUCCGCGGUGCUCCCCCAGCUGAGGCCGCCCCUACUCAAGGACGACCAAGUGUGCCAAGAAGCCAGUGGCGGCCAGCUCGCCGUCCUCUACGCGUCUCUCCUGCUCACAGCCCUCGGGACUGGCGGGAUCCGCCCCAGCGUGGUCGCCUUCGGGGCAGACCAAUUCGAGCUGACCGAUCCAAAACAGUCCACCAAGACGUGGAACUACUUCAAUUGGUACUACUUCGUGAUGGGGGUGUCUAUAGUGGUGUCGGUGAUGGUGCUUGUUUAUAUCCAGGACAACAUCGGAUGGGGAUGGGGUCUCAGGAUCCCGACCAUCUUAAUGUUCCUCUCGUUAGUUGCUUUGAUCGGCAGGUACCCGCUGUACCGGAUGGUGGAUCCGGCGGGUAGCCCGUUUACUCGGUUGUUGCAGGUUUGCGUGGCUUCGUUUAGGAAGAGGAGGUCAGGGACGGUCACGGAUUCUGCAUUGUUGUACGAGAAUGAAGAGCUUGAUGCCCCAAUUUCCCUCGGAGGGAAGCUAGUCCACACCAAGCAUAUCAAGUAA